AUGGCGGUCCACGCUUUCCUCUUCGUGGUCUAUUGGGUGUGGUACGACGGGUGGGCGCACGCCAUCCGCGAGUCGAUCCACGCCCCCGCGGAGAAGCACCACCACGGGCUCGACAUCCCCAUGGGGUGGAUGGCCCUGCUGUGCGGGCUGCCGAUGUGGAUUACGUCGAUCAACUUCGUGCGGAGGCGCUACUACAGCCUCUUCAAGCUGGCGCACUUCCUGUUCAUCGGCGUUUUCGUCUUCGGCGCCAUGCACUGGUCUCGGAACACGCUCUACUACCUCGGCGGUCUGACGCUGUACACCCUGCACAUCAUGUCGCGACUCGAGUCCUGGAAGAGGAAAGACCCACGUUCAAUGUAUCCUCCANUCCCCGCGGCCCGCGACAGCAAGAUUUGGUCGUCCCUCGGCGUCCCCUACGAGCGGGCCGUGCUCUACCACACCUUUGCCGGCCACCUAGCCUUCACCACCAUGGCGGUCCACGCUUUCCUCUUCGUGGUCUAUUGGGUGUGGUACGACGGGUGGGCGCACGCCAUCCGCGAGUCGAUCCACGCCCCCGCGGAGAAGCACCACCACGGGCUCGACAUCCCCAUGGGGUGGAUGGCCCUGCUGUGCGGGCUGCCGAUGUGGAUUACGUCGAUCAACUUCGUGCGGAGGCGCUACUACAGCCUCUUCAAGCUGGCGCACUUCCUGUUCAUCGGCGUUUUCGUCUUCGGCGCCAUGCACUGGUCUCGGAACACGCUCUACUACCUCGGCGGUCUGACGCUGUACACCCUGCACAUCAUGUCGCGACUCGAGUCCUGGAAGAGGUGGUUCAAGCCCGAGACGAAGGCGAGCCCGACCAGCCUCGUCAGCGCCUACACGAACGAGAACUACACCCGCCUGGUCCUUCGCAACCCCAAGAAGGCCUCCGCCCGCGGGGGAUCGUUCGUCUACAUCAGCGCGCCGGGGGCGCUCGGAACGGACGAGGCCCACGCCAUCACCGUUGCCCUCCGCGGGCCCCCCCCAUGCCCCCCCUCCUCCGCGAAGGUGGCCCCGUCGUCGGAAUCCGCGGAGCCCCCCCGGGAGGAGGACGUGUUCACCGUGUACAUCAAGGACCUGGGUCCGUGGACGAAGGCCCUGAAGCUGACGGCGGAGGGCGCCAUCACCGCCCGUAGCCCGGCCUCCGCUCUCCUGGUGGACGUAGACGGCUUCUACACCCAGGUCGACUCGUUCAACUCGAUGAUGAUCGGCGGCGCGCCGCGGGUCGUGAUCGUCACCGGCGGGUCCGGCAUGACGUCCGUCUUCGGCUUCAUCCAGGUUAGAGGGGGGGGCGUACAGUAG